UCGAAACUUAAGAGAAGAGGGACAGAGGAGAGAGAGAGAGAGAGAGAGAGAGGAUCAGUCUUCUGUGUUGGGAUAAGUGAUACUGUCCAGGACUUUACAAAGCAGUUCAUCUCUCCUCAGUAUGGCGGACUGUACAGACCUACAUUCACCCAUGCAGCGACUGAAGAUCAAGAACCCCAGAAAUCCACGAAGAAGAGAUGUCCAGUCCCCAGAAACUCAGCUGCGGUUGGUGCUGCUGGGCAGAACAGGUUCUGGUAAAAGUGCCACUGGGAAUACCAUCUUGGGUAGAGAAUGUUUUCCAUCUGGACUAACAACACAUUCCUUAACCAUCCAAUGCCAAAAACAAUGUGGACUUGUUCGGAGGCGUCAACUGACCCUGAUUGACACUCCUGGAUGGUUUGACACCUCUCUCCAGCAAAGUGAGAUAACAGAGAAUAUGUUAGGAUGUCUGGCCAUGUGUUCACCUGGACCACAUGCAUUUCUGCUCAUCAUACCACUCGCUCGCUUCACACAGGAGCAGCAGCAGACUGUAGAUAUGAUUGAGGCGGCCUUCAAAGGGAACUUCAAUGAUCAUACAAUCAUCAUAUUUACUCGUGCAGACGAGCUGGAAGAACAGACAAUUGAGGAGUUUAUAUCAGAACAAGGCCAGAGAAUCCAGGACCUUAUUGCACGUUAUAAUGGGCAUUAUUUAGCCUUUAAUAACAAGGCUGAGAGGGCGAGUCCAGAGAACCAGGACCAGGUGAAGCAGCUCAUGAAGAAGCUGGAUUUAGUGCUGGACAAGAACAAGAACCGUUACUUCACCAACCUGAAAUUUCAGCUUUCAGGGAUACCCAGAGCCGCAGUAACUCAGCUGCGGUUGGUGCUGGUGGGCAGAACAGGUUCUGGUAAAAGUGCUACAGGAAACACCAUCUUGGGUGAAAAAACUUUUUAUGCUAAACUAAGCAUGGACUCAGUGACAAAACAAUGCCAGAAGGCAUGUGGAGAAGUCCAGGGGCGGAGUCUAGCACUAAUUGACACUCCUGGUUGGUUCGACACCUCUCUCGAGCAAAGUGAGAUAACAGAGGAAGUGUUAAGAUGUCUGGUCAUGUCCUCACCUGGACCACAUGCAUUUCUGCUCAUCAUACCAAUCGCUCGUUUUACAGAGGAGCAGCAGCAGACUGUAAAUAUGAUUAGAACAGUUUUUGAGGAGAACAUCAGUAAUCACACGAUCAUCAUAUUUACCCGUGCAGACGAGCUGGAAGGACAGACAAUUGAGCAGUUUAUAUCAGAACAGGGCCAGAAAAUCCAGGACCUCAUUGCACGGUUCGGUGGGCGUUAUUUGGCUUUCAACAACAAGAACCCUAACAAUAGGGACCAGGUGAAAGAGCUGCUAAAGAAGCUUGAUGAGUUGCUGGAACAAAAUGAUCACUGCCACUUCACCAACCAGAAAACAAAUGCUGUGGUGAAUGCACUAGAAAUUAAAAAGCAAGAAAAACUGGUUGAAUCAAUUAAGAUGGUCAAACUGGAAGUGAGACAGAUGGCUGAACAUCGCAAGACUGACAUCAUUAAAGCCCUGGAGGUGGCCAAACAGGAGAUAGAAAGGCGCAGAAAGUAUACCCAGGGCAAAAUCAACAAGCUAACAGUUGAGAAAAGAAAAGAAUAUGAAAACAGGCAUGCCGAUGCAUCCAGGCUACAACGUCUUUGCAGAUAUAUCCAGAGAGAAGAGAACACUCUAAAACAUCUGCAGGAAGAGAAGCGGAUGAGGAUAGUGGAGAGUGAUCAAGAGAAGCGGGAAUUGGAAAUAUGGAUCAAGAAAGAAGAGGAGAGGAGAGAGCAAGAGGAGAGAGAAAGGUUUUCAAACGAGGAUGACAGCAAUUGGUAUAAAAAUGAACAUUAUUUUUCUAGAUUGAUGUACCUUAUUAAUGGUUUAUAUGAGGCUAAAUCUAAAUGUUCUAUUCAGUAAUGAAGAAGUAAAUCAUUUGUGUACUGUUCAGUUUUUCACAUUCAUUUUUUAUAGCACUCUUGAAUUCUCAAUUAAGAGAAUGACAGAAAAUCAGAUGUCCAUUUAGUGGCUGUGACGAUAGUUUAACCUCACAACUACAGUACACCAAUCAUCCUUAACAUUAACAUUGAUUAUCACUUAUACACCAGUAGUGUUAAUUUUGUCAGCUGUUUUCAAUUUUAGUCCUAGUCUUAGUCCUAGGAUAAAUGUCCCUGUUAGUUUUAAUCGUAUUUAGUCAAUCUUAUCUUAUUUUUGUUUAGUCAAGUUUUAGUCGAUUAAAAGUCUGGACAUUUUAGUCUAGUUUUAGUCAAUGAAAACGUAACAUUUUAGCAAUUAAAUUAUUAUUAAUUAACCCUACAGUCAAUCUAUUAUAGCCAAAACCACUAACAAUAACUACAUGUCCAUAUUUUUUUAACUACGAAACAAUAGGAGCAGGUUCCUGCAUUGUUCAUUGACAAUUCAAGUGUUAUAUAUAUAUAUUAAUUUACACAUUUGGACUGUUGUAGUGAUAGCUCCUAUGGGUCACAAUCAUUUGCUAACCUAUUAGCUUAAUAUGUUUAUGUAUAAAAUAAAAUAAAUUGCAACAUAAUUAUGUUAACAUGUGGUAACGUCAUUACCACAAAGAGGCUGUAAAACUGGGUGAUUUUUAUGGAAUGCCUUGAUGCGUCUCAUCAGGUUUAUGGUAUUGUUUCCAGUGACUGUGUGCCCGGGAAACACCGCUGCUCAUGUCAUAGUAAAUGAACACCAUAUCGCAGCGGAUUGUGAUAAAAAUUAUAUUAUAUUUUUAUAAUAUAAUAUAAUAUAAAUUAUAUAAUUUUUAAAGAAGUAUUUUUUGUCAACAAUAUUGCAUGCUGAUUUUGUCACUGUACAGUAACUGUUCAUUGAUAUCUGUGAUGUCUCGUCAUCGUCUCAUCUUAGUCACACGGUAAAUUGUCAACAAAUAUUUUUCAUUAUUAUUUUCGUUGAUAAAAUGAAUGCUAUAUAUCAGUAAACUAAUGGGCACCCAAAGCUCAUUUAUGGAUCUUGUGACAAAAGGCCUGUCUGGUCCGAUCCCUCAGGAAAGACAAUGCACCACAAUUCAAGAAAAAAGUUAUAGUAGUGGUACGAGCCCAAGGCCAUCAUUCUGGCCUCCAAACUCUCCACAUCCAAAUCUGAUUGAACACCUAUGAAAUGUGCCAAACAAACAAGUCUGAUCCACAGAUCCCAACCAACAUUGCUGCCCAUGUCCUCAUGUCACACACGAUAGCACCCCCACAGGUCUUGUAGAGUCAUGCCCGAGGGCCAGAGCUGCCCAGGCAGCACAAGGGGCAACCUACACAAUAUUUGGCAUAUUUUUUUGCGUUGUAAUGUUAUGGCUGAUUGGUCUAGUUUUGCUUUAAAAAAAAAAAAACAAUCAACAGUGUAAAAAGGCCACAUGAUAUACUGUUGUAACACUUUCCGCUCAAACAUUGUGAUCUUAUCAUCUUAUCAUCUUAUCAUUAUUUGUUGUAUGGUUUAAAAAUCACAUACUUUUAUUCACUUAAUACAGAUCUUAGAAUUCCCCAGACUGUGUCAAUAAAUAAACUCACCAUUUCAGUGUCUAUGUAAAUGAGCUACUGUGCAGCCACACUAUGCCACGACCCUUUUAUAUUUUUGAAUAGGUUAAAGUUAAAAAGCAUGCCUCUAGCUAUGUACAGCAUUGUUCAUUAAUAAUACCGUGUACAUUUACUGAGCUAUAUAAUUUCUUAGCUAUUUUGACAAGGUUAAGAAUAAUAUAAAACCAAUCUACACACCUCUAUGCAAAAGAUUUUUGGUCUUGAUUGUGAGUGGGUAAUGUCCUGUUGUAAGCAAAAAAAGGAAGAAAAAGAAUGAAUUAUAAAAGGUAAAAGCAGCCUUCCAGUUUGCAAAGGUUUGCUGUUGUUUUCACUUUUUUAAAGUGUAAUAUGCAUGUACAGUAAGGCUAGUAUAACACUUGUGUCUGUUAUUGCUUUUUGCUAGCGUACAUAUCUUUGGGGUUAUUUUACACCGUUUCAUGCAUGAUUAUGUUUAAAGCCAGCAGCAAAACCAUUAGAACCUAUCUAACACACUACUUUCAUUAAAAUGACAUAAUAAAUGACAUUACGCUGACAUUUUGUAUCUUUUGUGAUACUGUAUAUUGAUGUCUUUUGCUGUGCCAAUUUCGAUUGCCUAUUUUGCUGAUAUGUUUCAUUGUAGU